AUGGCUAUCUUUUCACCAUCCAGCGGCAGCUUUGCUGUGACAGCCGUCUUCUUGCUGUUCCUGCUGCACGCCCGCCCAGCUCACGCUUUUGGCGCCGGCAACAUCGCCUCUGUUUCUAACGUUGAAGGAGUCAACUUCCGCCAUGGAGACAUCGAAGACACCCUUCUCACCCUCGUCAGCUCCUACGCCUACGCCAAGGGCGCCAAGUUCAGCAAGAUUGAUGUCAAGCGUACCUACUUUGGAAACUGGCUUCGCGAUUACAGUCAGGCCGUCGAUGUGGGGACUACCAAACACGUCUCGGCUGAGGCCAUACGCAUCCUAUUGUGGGUUCUCGGCUUUCUGACCUUUGGCUAUGGUACUGGCGAGUUCGAAGUCACAUCUGAGAGACUAGGCUGCUACCGUCCCGAGGAGCACAUCGAUAAUCCAAAAGGCUAUCCUGCAUACGCCCAACAGUACGACCGUAGACUACGUGGCCCCAUUGAUGAAGAGAGGGAAUUGAGCAUCGACGAGAGGACUGGCUUGAAGAACUAUAUUGCCUCGGAAGAUUUGGGCAUUACCACGUCUGCCCAGCUCGUACGCAACCUUUUCGGCCGCUGCAUCGAUCUCGGCAGAUCCUACAACAGAACCAGAGACAAGAGAGAAUUCUACGAAGCUCUUCGCCUCCUUGGGACCGCAUGCCAUUGUCUCGAGGACUACUCUGCCCACUCCAACUACACCGAACUCGCUCUCAUCGAACUAGGCGAGCGCGACGGGGCCCGCCAUCCAGUCUACCCCAUCGUGACGGGUACCUUUGGUGGUGUCGACUUCCUGCAUUCGGUCAUGGGUGAGUUAGACGACAAAGCUACUCAAUCUGAGCUUCAAGAGCUGGAGGGCGUCAUAGAUAGCUCGCAGAACCAAAACACUAGUCUGCUCAAGAAGCUUCUCAAGGCCCUUCCUUCUGGCCUUCUCGGCGGCAAAGACCAGGCCGGCAAAGUUGACGAGUUGCAGAGCAAUGCUGCCGCCGCUCAAAUGUCAAACAUGAAGCUUGAACCCCGAAGACCUGAGGAAUGGACCAAGCAGCUCCAGGAAGUCCAGCACCAGAUCUACCCCAUCCUUCAGUUCCACGACGAGCUCAUGAUGGGCAUCAAUGAGACCAUUGAGAAGAUCCCCAUCUUGCCCGAUCUUCUUGAGCAGCUCACAGAGCAGCUCAACAUCUUCGUUUUCUCUUUGCUUGCGCCUUUCGUCCUGCCUAUCAUCAGUCAGGUCAAGGAGGAGCUCGCAACCGGUUCUUCCGAGGUCAUCCAAAGCAGUCGUGAACAGCAAUUGAUUGUCUUCCACGACGACAGCUCGUCCGACCCCACACACUCUAUGCUCUCUAAGGAUCACUUCUCCAACAUUCUCAACGAGCCUGCUGGAAAGAUUGGAUGUGCUGUGCUCAAGUGGGUUGUUCCUCAAAUUGUUCAAUGUUGGGACAACGAGAAUGUCAACAUUGCCAGGACCCUCGAUCGCAUUAUCAACGGUGUCUUCCACCACCCUGCCUUGCGUCAAUUCGGCAACGAUGGUGCUGCUGACGGACGUCACAUCAUGUUUGGCAUUGUCGAGCAGUGGUGGCAGGAGAAGUCUGAGCAUGAGCGUGAUGACCUCCGUCGUAAGCUCAGCAGACGCGGUGUUGAGACCGGUCAGAACCACAAGGAGGGUGUUCAGGACUCGGGACAUGGUUGCUGCAAACCUCUCUUCCAGCAGAAGCAGCACAACAACGCGCCCGCUGCUGCAGCUCAUGCAGCUGUCAUGGAAGGCAUCAGCGACUUCGUCAGUGGUGGUCAACAUCACAACAGCUCUGGUAGCUACGGCCGUCCCAGCAGCCGUCCUACUAGUAGCUUCGAGCAGCAGGCUGGUAACUUCGUUGGAGAGGCUGUCGGUGGAGGCGCCCUUGGCUCUGUUCUUGGUGGCCUCGUUGGUAGCGUUGGUGGUAGCCUUUUGAGCGGCGCCUUUGAGUCUCAAGGCGAGACCCAGACCUACCAGCAAUCAAGCCAAAACCAAGAUGGAUCAUACACGCAGAGCUACAUGCAGACUGGCGAGCGUCCCUCCUCUAGACCAUAUGGCCAGCAGCACACUGCACAGGCUGAGUACAAGACUACUCAAUAUCCUGGCGGCGGUCAUAGAACAGAGUAUAACAGAUAUGAUCAGGAAGGUAACUCUGGGUAUGGCUACCAGCAGAGCACUGAAGUUCGCCCCACUCAAGGCGGUGGCUACGAACAGCGUAGUGAACGCCGUCACGAACAACCCGGUGGCCGCUGGGAAAGUGAAGUACAGGAGCAAAGCAUUGGUGCUGCUGGAGAGUACUACCAGACCGAAGAAAAGCACCACGGCAGAAGACAUGACGACGAUGACGAUGAUGAGCGCCGCUCGCAUAGAAAGCAUGGAUCGAGCCACCGCAACGAUUACGAGAGCGAGCAACAGUCUUCUAACAGCGGAUUCCCUGGCGCCUCGUACCACGCUCAACAUCAAGAGCGUCAAGAUGAACGUCCCAGCUAUGGCCAGGAGCGUCCCAAUUACGGCAAUGAUGACUUUGGUGGUCGCAAUGAGAGACCUCAACACCAUGGUCGUCACGAGGAAUAUGGUAGACAAGAAUACGAUGGCGGACGCCAAGAAUAUGGCAGUGGAAGACAAGAGUAUGGGCACGAGGACUACAACAGCUAUGGUCGUCAAGAACAGAGCUAUGGUCGUCGUGAUGACGAUGAAAUGCCCGGCGGCUUCCCCUAG